AUGGCGUGGGAACACCUUGACAUCGACAAGCCGCAUUUGGCUUACAUGAUCCUCGGCGGUUUCACAGGCUUGUUCAUGCUGUGCUCCCUUUUCGUGAAGGAGAAGCUGUACAUUGGUGAAGCUACCGUUGCUACACUUUGUGGUAUCAUCUUUGGCCCCCAUGCGGCCAAUUUAUUCAAUCCGCACGAAUGGGGAAACAUCGAUAAAAUCACCCUGGAAUGCUCGCGCAUUGUACUUGUUGUACAAUGUUUCGCCGUCGGCGUCGAGUUGCCCAAGGCCUACAUGGAACGCCACUGGAAGUCGGUCACUCUGCUGCUGAUCCCAGUCAUGACUUUUGGCUGGUUGAUUACUAGUCUGUUCAUUUGGUGGAUGGUGCCUCCAUUGAAUUGGCUGGAGAGUCUGGUGUGUGCUGCCUGCGUUACGGCUACUGAUCCUGUCCUAGCAUCGUCCGUCGUUGGUAAGGGAAAGUUCGCCAAGCGUGUGCCCAAGCAUUUGCGUGACCUGUUGUCCGCCGAAUCUGGGUGUAACGACGGUAUGGCUUUCCCAUUCAUCUACCUCGCUUUCUACAUCUACCACUACCGACCCCAGGUUGGCGAGGUGUGGCUGAACUGGUUCUGUAUCACUGUUCUUUACGAGUGUAUCCUUGGUGCCAUCUUCGGUUUUGCCAUCGGCUACUUCGCGCGUCAUGCUAUCAAGCUGGCUGAACGCAAGGGCCUGAUUGAUCGUGAAAGUUUCUUGGUGUUCUACUUCGUGCUGGCCGUUUUCUGUGCUGGCUCGGGUAGUUUGCUGGGUAUGGAUGACUUGCUGAUUGGAUUCGCCUGCGGUGUCGGAUUCAGUAACGAUGGUUGGUUCACGGAGAAGACCGAAGAAUCUCACGUCUCCAACGUUAUCGAUCUUUUACUGAACUUGGCAUAUUUCGUUUAUUUCGGAUCCAUCAUCCCAUGGGAGGAUUUCAAUGCCCCCGAGCUUGGUCUUACUCCGUGGCGACUGGUGGUGAUUGCACUAUUGGUCAUCUUCUUCCGUCGCAUUCCCAUCAUGCUGUUGCUCAAACCCAUUAUACCUGACGUCAAAACGUGGCGUGAAGCUCUAUUUGCCGGGCAUUUCGGACCCAUUGGUGUCGGUGCUAUUUUUGCCGCCAUUCUUGCCCGAGCAGAAUUAGAACAUGAUAACACACAGCCGUUGACUGAGGAUGAGUUACCAGAGCCAGGGACGAGCAAUUACUAUAUCGUGAGACUUAUUUGGCCCAUUACUACCUUCAUGGUCAUUUCGUCUAUCCUGGUUCACGGAUCUUCUAUUGCAGUAUUCACCUUAGGCAAACGUAUCAACACCUUGACCAUUACCCUGUCAUACACUCAAGCCAACGAGGAAGGACCAUCAUGGAUGAAUCGUCUGCCUCGUGUACAGUCCAUUGCCAAGGGCUCUAUGUCAUUCCGCAAGGCGGACGAUACGGAUGCCUCCUCAGACGAGAAGCUGCCCGAGUAUCCUCCUGGUACAUUGCCACCAAUUGGAAUGCCAGGCAACUUUCUUCGCCGACAGCGCGAUGAAGAGGGAGAGAGUGAGUCGCAAAGCCUUGAGACUGGUCGCCGUAAGCCCCUGCGCAGACGCCGUCGCAAGCGUGAUAGCGGCGCCGGAGGCCCUAUUAGCCAGUCCGCCAUCAUGCCAGCCCCUCGACGCAACGAGAACGAGAACGAGAUCGAGACUGAAGAAGAGAAGAAAGAACUUGAGGAACGUGACCGCGUCGAGCGCGGAUCUUCUCCACCUCACGCUGAGCGGGAUCGCUUCGGCCGUGAGCCAGAAAUGGAAGUCUACCAAGAAGGCCACAACAUGAUCAUGGAAGACGAAGAGGGCAAUGUUCUUAAGACUGAGGAUACUACCCACCUGUCUCCGGAAGAAAAGCUACAACACAUUGAGGAGCAGCGCAAGCGCCUGGAGGAAGACAAAUCCGGCGAACUUGCAGCUUCUGAGAGUCGCCCUCACCAAAAGAACGAGGGAGAAGAGAUCAAGAAGGCCGUUGAAGAAAAGACAGGCUACGGAAAUGCUCUUAAGAAAUGGACAAACUGGACCGGCCUCGGAAAAGAGAAGGCCAAGGAGACUCCAGAGAAGAAACAGAAGAAGGAGAAGGCAGAGAAGCCUCCCAAGACCGAGUCUGCAAAGCCCAAGGCUCGUUCUGCUCAUGCGUACCAGUUUGGUAACACCAUUAUUGUUGAGGAUGAGGACGGAGAAGUGAUCAAGAAAUACACCAUUCCUGCCGGCGAGAAGGGUGAGAAGGCUCAGAAGGAGCCCAAUGUUCCUGGUCAAGCCCCUGUCCGCCGUGGCCUUACCCGUAUGGGAACAUGGUUCGGCAUGGAGGAAGAAGGCGAAUCAUCCCAAGCUGCCAACGAGAAAAAGAAGAAGACCCAAGAUCCCGACGAGUGGACUGCCGACGAUGGUCUGCGUUUCACUGUUGCCCAGGACCCCGAGGUCAGCUCUCACGGCAUUGGCCAUAAGGGCAAGCGCAUGAACAAGCAGGAAUUUUUCCAGCAAAUCAAGGGCUUGGAUGCCAAGGCUCGCCGCGAUCUGGUGCAAGAAACUGACGCCCCGCCUCCUGUUCAAAAGGUGGCCAAGGAAGAGGCCAAGCAGGAACAAAUGCAGGAAGAGAAACAGGAACGUCGUCUCUCCGCCGCUGCUGUCUCGGCCACUACUGGCACCAUUCCUGAAGAGGAUGCCGAGGGUCUGGAGUCUGAGUCUGUCACUGACAGCGAGAGCGAAGAUGGGUCUGAUGACCGGCGCGGUGCUCCGAACGUGGCUUCAUCUUUGGCCAAGUUCUCGCGUGGUGGUACCUCCGCCGCUCAAGAGCGUCGCAACAACCUCAGCCCUGCGCCUCUCCGUGACCGACCUCGCCGAGAUUCCGAUGACGAUGGCACUGAGCGUAUCCCGCCUUCUCGUCUCCGUAAAGCCGCCGGUCUGACCGCUCCUCCUCGGCAGGAUGAUGAUGACACAGGCGAGACCCCCGCUGAGCGUCGCCGUCGCCUGGCAGCUCUGGGUGUGGAUGGUGAAGACUCUGAGGAAGAUUCCGAUGUCGAAUACGUCGACGAUGAUGAGGCUAUUGCGGAAUCUGAUAUCGAAGAGGGUGACAAGUCUAGCCAGGCUACGCCCAAGACCCAGGUCGCCGAUGAUCGAAAGCCCUCUGAGCAAGACAAGUCCUCUCCCUCUGGCUCUGGAUCCAGCUCAGGCUCCCAAUCUGCCGCUCACCAUCGCCCCCGCGUCUCCUGGGGAGGCGAGAAGGGACGUACCCAUUGA